AUGGCGUUAAUUCAUAUAUCUCGUUAUAAUACUUUUGCUUCUUGUUCCUCUAAUCCAUCCUACACCCCAAUUCCAGCGUAUCCAGAUUCACCACAGUCAAGUCCUGACAUCAUGGCGAAGCUCAAAGCUCGAUGGCGCACCUACUGGUUCGCACUUGUACUAUGCUGCGGCGGUGCUCUUUUCGGCUACGACUCCGGCGUCAUAGGUUCGUACGACUCAAACUGCGCAAUGCCCAUAUUAACGCUCCCAGGUGGCGUGCUCACAUUUCCCUCAUUCGAGGACUCCUUCGGCAUAACGCCGUCUCAGAAAACGAGCAUCAGCGCUAUCGCCGUAGGCAUUCAACAGGCAGGCGCAUUCGCAGGCUGCUUCCUGAUCUGGCCAUUGACCAAUGUCUAUGGGCGGCGCAUUGCAAUGGCAAUAUGUAGUCUGGUCUUUUGUAUCGGGGUGAUUCUGGAAACGAUCGACACACGCUCCCUGGCGGCCUUCUAUGUCGGUCGGGUGAUUUGUGGUCUGGGCGUCGGGGGCUCGGCGACCAUCAUCCCCAUCUAUAUGUCGGAGAUGGCCCCCAAGGAGAUCCGGGGACAGCUGGGAAGCUGUUACCAGCUCACGUAUACGGUCGGGAUUCUCGUGUCAUAUUGGAUCGACUAUGGGGUGAAGAGCAUGGAGGCCAGUGCGCGGCAGUGGCAAUUGCCGAUUGGAUUGCAGUUGGUGCCUGGUGCAUUGAUGGGAAUCGGCAUGUUGAGUAUAACGGAGAGUGUGCGGUGGCUGUUGGCGAAGGGGCGGGAGGAAGAGGCAUGGGGUAGUCUUGUUUGGAUCCGAGCCGGAGCAGACGAGGACGUGGCGAGUGAAUUUGACGAGAUGAAGCGCGGCCUGGAAGAAGAAAGACAUGCAACAGCUGGGUUUCGGAUGCGCGAACUAUGCGAGGGUCCGAAUCUGCACCGUCUGCUUAUCGGCGGGGGUCUGUUUCUGGCGCAACAAUCGACUGGCUCGACUGCGUUGGCGUACUUCGGACCUCAGUUCUUCGCACUACUUGUUGGAGAUGGCGAUCGGACCCUGUUGCUCACUGGUAUCUUUGGCGCGAUCAAGGUCGUAGCAUGUCUUAUCUUUGUGGUCUUUUUGUCGGACCGGUUCGGCCGACGCCCGCUGCUUGCUGGCGGUGCAGCUUUCAUGGCUGUUUGCAUGAUUGCCACGGCGGCGGUGAUCAAGACGUAUCCGCAGCCUGGAGACGGGACAGUCACCUCGUCUGGAAUCGCGACGGUGGCUCUGAUAUACCUGGACAUCAUCGCGUAUAACUUCAGCUGGGGACCCUUGCCGUGGCCGUGCACCAGUGAGAUCUUCCCAACGCGCAUUCGCGAGCCCGGGGUCGCGUUUGGCGUGGGAUCACAGUGGCUAUUCAAUUUUGUGUGGAGCUUCUCAACGCCAUAUAUCCAGGCCAGCCUUGGAUGGGGCACCUUCUUGCUAUUUGGGCUGCUGGAUGUGGUGAUCGUGGGCUUCACCUACUUCUGCCUCAAGGAGACCGCUGGCAAGACCCUCGAGGAGAUCAAUUGGUUGUUCGAGGGGGUCCCCGACUUCGAGCAAGGGAAACCCACCGGCGUGGAGGACGAAACGCCAUCCUGCUAUGGCCGAGAGUCGCCAACAGUCGUCCGGUCGGGCUCCAAGCACCAAGCCGCCCAUGUGGAGUCGGUCGCUGGACGGUCUUGA